CAAAAAUUAACUCUUUUCAUCUCACAACUAAUUCUUCGAUUGAUGCAACUCUCAAGCGAUUUUGGGAAAUCGAAGAAAUUCCUAACUUCGAACAGUCUUCGGCAGAAGAUGCUCUAUGUGAGCAAAUAUUUGUCGAAAGUCACUCUCGAGAUUCUACUGGUCGUUUUAUGGUUAUGUUACCUUUCAAAGAAGCGAUUUCCAGUUCCUUCGGAGAUACCUACUCCAUGGCGUUACGUCGUCUAUUUUCACUAGAGCGUAGAUUCAAAAAUUCUCCCGAGUUUCAUUGCGAGUACAACAAGUUCAUGCACGAUUAUCUUGAUUGUGGUCAUAUGACGUUACUUCCUGAAGCUUGUCCUUCUGUUGAUGAAUAUUAUAUGCCACAUCAUGCUGUUUUCAACCCAAAUAGUCCUUCCACAAAACUCAGAGUGGUCUUUGACUCUUCUGCGAAGGUUUCGGGAAACGUUUCUCUCAAUGAAAUUCUUUUGACAGGUCCGAAGCUUCAGAAAGAUGUGAUGGUUCUUCUGUUGAAAUUUCGGUUUCAUAAUGUUGUUUUAACCGCAGAUAUAAAACAAAUGUAUAGGCAGAUUCUGGUUCACCCUUCUCAUAGACGGUUUCAACGAAUUUUGUUCAGAUUUUCGGUUUCUGAUCCGGUUCAAGUAUACGAAUUGAACACUGUUACGUAUGGUGUUGGUUCAUCUCCUUAUCUUGCCCUUCGAGUACUCAAGCAGUUGGCUUCAAAUGAAGAGAUAGACUUUCCUUUAGCAGCAACGGUUCUUCAAUCGGAAUCGUAUGUUGAUGAUAUUUUAUCGGGUAGUGAUACUUUGGAGGGAGCUCGAGGUUUACAGGAACAGUUAAUUUCUUUAUUGAGGCGAGGCGGCUUUGAGUUGAGAAAAUGGUCCAGUAAUAUUCCAGAGCUAAUAAAUCAUUUACCACCAGAUCAUCGACAUCAACAGUCGUUGAAUUUCGAUGAUAAUUCGGUUUUGAAAAUUCUUGGAUUAAGGUGGUUUCCAUCUGGAGAUCAUUUCUCGUAUUCUAUCGAUAUUAACGAAAAACCAGUUACAAAGCGGACCAUUCUGUCGGAUUUGGCACAUAUUUUUGAUCCUAUCGGUUUUCUAACUCCAUUCACUUUCUUUGUCAAACAUCUAAUUCAACAUCUCUGGACACUCGGUCUACAGUGGGACGACGUUCCUCCUACGGAUAUAUUGAAUCGCUGGAGUCAGUGCAAAUCAGAGUUGCACAUUCUGUCCACUCUGCGAAUACCGCGCAGAAUAUUCACGCAAUCAUUUUCUAAAUGUGAAGUUCAUGGAUUUGGGGACAGCAGCGAAAAGGGGUAUGCCGCUGUCAUAUAUUUCCGAUUUUUAAAUGUUGAUGGUACAAUAAAUGUUUCUUUCAUUUGUGCAAAGUCAAAAGUCUCACCUAUCAAACGCAUGACUCUACCAAAGUUGGAGCUAUGUGCAGCGCUCCUCCUUGCAAAAUUGCUUUCUAUUGUAAUAAAAUCUUAUGAAGGUUCAUUAAAGGUGGAUGAAGUAUUCGCUUGGUCAGACUCAACCGUAGUACUUCAUUGGAUUAGAUCAUCUCCUUACCGCUGGAAAAGUUUCGUGAGUAAUCGUACUGCACAAAUCCAAGAAUUGGUUCCUCCAGAUAGAUGGGGUUAUGUUAAAUCCCAAGAUAAUCCAGCAGAUUGUGCAUCACGGGGUUUGUCUCCUUCCGGUUUGUUAGACCAUUCCUUAUGGUGGGCGGGACCUCCAUGGCUUCAGUCUAUGGAUCCGAUUGAGAAGACUUGUGGUCCACCAAUCAAAGAAAUUCCAACUGAUGAAGAGCGUCAGGUUGUUCUGAGUACCUUCACUUCAUUAAAUGCGUUCAGCAAAGAGUUUUUGGUGAGGAAAUUCAAAAUCUUCGAUCAAAUCGUCCUAUCACAAUGAAAUAUCUUCAGAAACUGAAUCUCUUCAUCGGAAAUGAUGAUAUUUUGCGUGUGGGUGGUCGAUUAUCGUUUUCUGGCCUUCAAUAUGACCAUAAACAUCCAGCGUUAUUGCCAGGUAACAAUAAAUUCACUGAUCUGCUCAUCAAGCAUUUCCAUCAAUUAUAUCUUCAUCCAGGUUCACAAACAUUACAAUUCCUUCUCUCUCGGCAGGUUUGGAUUUUAUCUGCAAGAAAGCAUAUUCGAAGAGUCACUUCAAAAUGCUUAACGUGCUUUCGUUCUAAUCCAAAACCCUUACAACCGAUGAUGGGCAAUCUUCCAUCUUGUCGCGUUAAUCAAUUGAAGCCUUUUCAAUGUGUGGGUGUCGAUUUUGGCGGUCCAUUUCGCAUUACCAUGUCCAGAGGUAGAGGUGCAAAGGUUCUCAAGGCAUAUCUCUGUCUUUUUGUGUGUUUCACGACCAAAGCACUGCAUCUGGAACUCGUUUCAGAUUUGUCUAGUGAAGCCUUUCUGGCUGCUCUGAAACGUUUUAUUGCUCGCAGAGGUAGAUGCAAUAGGUUAUUUAGUGACGGUGGUACUAAUUUCAAAGGUGCUCAACGAGAACUUCUCAAUAAUAUGAAGUACGCCGCAGAAGCUGAGAAGAUGGAUUGGGAUUUUAAUCCUCCUUCAGCUCCUCAUUUCGGAGGGUUGUGGGAAAUCGGAAUCAAAUCCGUUAAAACGCAUCUCUACAAGUUAGUUGGUGAUCAGGUGCUUACCUACGAAGAGUUGUAUACUGUGUUCGUUCAAAUAGAAGCGGUAUUAAAUUCACGGCCACUUUGUCCUUUGAGUACAGAUCCAAAUGACCUAUCUGUGCUCACUCCAGGUCAUUUUCUUACCCUCGCUCCUCUUUCCGACCUUCCUGAACCUGACCUAUCCAAUUUAUCCAUGAACAGAUUAUCCAGAUGGCAACUGCUAACUCGGUUACAUCAGGAUUUUUGGAAACGGUGGCAUGUUGAAUACCUAAAUACUUUGCAACAACGAACAAAAUGGUUUACACCAGCCGAUUCUCAGUUAUCUAUAGGACAACUUGUAUUGAUCAAGGAUGAACAGCAACCUCCUCGACGUUGGCGUACAGCUCGCGUGGUUGAUGUUCAUCUGGGUAAGGACGGUAUAGCACGAGUGGCUACUGUUCGCACUUCUAGCGGUAUUCUGCAAAGACCGUUGGUCAAAUUAUGUCCUCUCCCAGGACAAUCAUAAUCAUGUAUGUAAAAUAAUUCUAUUUUAGGUGGGCGGAAUGUUCGGGCAUCAUUUUUUGUUUAUGUAUGGGUUGCUUUCUAAUUUUUUCUCAUACAAUAUAUUUUUGUUAUUGUUACAAUUGAACUAUUGUAACGCCUCAUUUAUUUUCUGUUUUCCUUCCAAAUUAAAGUGUUUGUUGCGUGUAGUGUACGUACUUCGCGGUUCAUUCAAUUUUUCGCGCAUGUGUGUUGGCCAAUUUUCAUAUGAUACCUGGUGCGAAGAAAGAAGACAUAUGCUUGGAAUGUUGUUGAACCGAAGAGUGAAAAUUUCGAUCGAGCGAAUCUUAAUUAUUCUCAUCAAUUCUCAUUGUUGUGUCUUCACAAACAAGAAAAUCAGUGAAUCUGAUCUGCCAAGCCAAACUACCCAGCGAGAUCUACAAAUUCAGCUGUUAAAAGGUAGGUGGAAUUGGCCAAUAUUCGAUUUGUCAAAUUCGUUUUUCUUUCAUACUAGUCCACUAAAAUAU